UGAAGAAACUGUAGGGAACCUCGAAUGGAAGAAGAGAUGCACACUGAUGUUCACCACCAUCCUGCGUAUGGUUAUCGAUUCGAUGUUUUUCUGAGUUUCAGGGGUACGGACACUCGAGAGAAGUUCACCUCCCAUCUCCACAGAAGCCUGGUUAAGGAAGGUAUCUGUGUUUUCUUGGAUGAUGAGAAGCUAGAGAAAGGAGAGAGAAUUGGACCAAGCCUCGACAAGGCAAUCGAGGGUUCGCAAAUGUUCAUUCCUGUGUUUUCUGCUGAUUAUGCGUCCUCUAGGUGGUGCCUGAGGGAACUAGUGCAAAUUUUCCAAACAAAGCGCGUGAUUCUGCCUGUGUUCUACCGAGUCGAUCGCGAAGAUGUUCGAGAGCAAAAGGGAACAUUUGCGAUUUCAUUUUUGAAGCAUGAGAAGCGAUACAGCAGAGAUAUUCUGGCGGCAUGGAGGAAGGCUCUAAGAGAUGUUGGAGAGAUGCCUGGUUGGGAGACUGAGAAUGUGGGAGAUCUGAAUGAAGCGGCCAGGAUCGAUAAGAUUGUCAAGAGGGUUAAAGUUGAGCUCAAUCACGUACCCUAUCAUGUGGCCGAAUACCCGGUUGGAGUAGAUUCACAAGCUGAGGACAUAGUGCAAAUGCUUAAAUCAAGAGAUACUGGAGCACGAAUAGUCGGGAUCCUUGGGCCAGAGGGGAUCGGGAAGACCACCAUUGUUAAGGCCGUCUACAAUCGCAUCGUCAAUUUCUUUGACGCCACUUCUAUCAUCCUAGACAUCAGGAAAUCAACACCCAUAAUUCAACUGCAAAACCAACUUUUGCGCGAGAUCACAAAGAAUGAGAAAAUGCAGGUGGCAAACGUAGGCAGUGGAGUCACAUUGAUCAGAGAGAGAAUAAAAGAUAAGAAAGUGUUAGUGAUUUUAGAUGGUGCCGAGAGUAGAGAUCAAAUCAAGGCAUUGGCUUGCAAGAAAGAAUGGCUCCAUCGUGGGAGUAGGAUUAUAAUCACUUCUAGAAAAAAGGAAUUGUUGAAUGUAGAGAAUGAGAUUUAUAAGGUGAAAGAGUUGGAUGCGGCGCAAUCUCUCUCACUGUUUUGUCAACAUGUAUUUGGGACAGAGGAACCAGGAGAAGGUUUUGCUGAUAUCUCUGAAGGUAUAGCUUCGGCCGCCCGAGGGAUACCUGAAGUUAUUAAGAAAUUUAGCAACCAGUUGAUCAACACAAAAAACAUGGAUGAGUGGGAAGAGAUAUUGAAAGAAGCGAUGAAAAUGGAUUAAUGGUCCACGAAUGUUUUGUGGAUAAAAGCUAUUCAUAUGGUUUGAAGGUGGAUAUUUGGAAGAUACUAGGGGCUAUGACACUUCUUAGUUUGUUGUUGUUGUCAUUGUGUUCAUUCUUUUACACAAAAAGAGCGCCAUUGCCAUAAAUAUACGACCAUUUCAAGAGAUUC